UGCUUUUGAGGGUUUUCUGGAUCAUACCUGGAAUCUCAAUUAUGGGGUCCUCGUCUCCUUCUACCAUGAUUAUGGGAACACCAUUACCUCGCACUGGCGACUGUUUCCCGACGGCAGAAAAGGAGGGCUACGUCACCUACAGCACGCCUCCGAUGCAAGAGCUGGAACUUGGUGUGGGCGCCUUGUCUCAACCUUCAUUCGUUCCUGCAGAGAAUGUCUUCGAACGCACAGUCGAUCGAUGCAGCAUCGCCCCAGCACUCGGCUACGUAGCCUUCAUUGGUGUUCGACACGAUCCAAGCCUCUUCGUCUGCCAUGAUGCAGCACCCAAUUCCAGCCUAUGCGAUUCCAAGGGUAGACCUGCUGACGAAGGCAGCGCCAUUCAGGUGUCCGGAUGUCAUCGGGAGAUGUGGCCAUGCCAUUUGCUGCCUGCCGGGAGAGAGUUUGCGGCGUUGAGCCUGGACGUUGUGUUCUUCCAUCUGUACGAAUGGCCAGAGGCCAGCAGUGCUGAUUGCCUUGACUCUUCAGCGUGA